GCGGGCUGAGGCUGAGGCGGGAGCGCUGUCUCGGCUGAGGGGCCGUCCCGGUCCCGGUCCCGGUCCCGGUCCCGGUCCCGGUCCCGGCCCCGGAACAGGAGCGGCGUGAUCACACCCACACGCGAGGGGCUUCCUGUGGCUUACGCGGCAGCUAAGAUCUGGAGAGUCAGGAACCUUUACUUACCAAAAUGAGACACAAUCUGGUGUGUCAGACACCUCCCACUGUCACUGUUCAUGUAAAAUCGAGUUCAUCCAGAUCACAUCAGCAAAAAAAACUUAUUAGACUAAAGCGGCCUACUUUUAAAGACCAUGAAGAAAAUUGUGAAAAAAAGGUUCCCAGUCAUAAAUAUGAAUGUCCAAAGGGACCAUGUCUAGUUAUUCAGCGUCAGGAAAUGACAGCUUUCUUUAAAUUAUUUGAUCGAUGCUCUAUCACCCACAUUGAACCCGUCUCGGCGUGUCGUUUUUCCGCGGCUCUGCAGUUCAUCAGAAAUAAAGAUGAUGAUCUAAUUCAAGACUUCCUUUGGAUGGACUGUUGCUGUAAAAUUGCAGACAAGUAUCUCUUGGCAAUGACUUUCGUUUAUUUCAAGAGGGCUAACUUCACAAUAAAUGAGCACACCAGAAUCAACUUCUUUGUCGCUCUGUAUCUCGCAAAUACAGUUGAAGAAGAUGAUGAGGAAUCAAAGUAUGACAUUUUCCCAUGGGCUUUGGGAAAAGCCUGGAAAAAGCUCUUCCCCGAUUUCUUAAAGUUAAGAGAUCAACUAUGGAGUAGAAUUGACUACAGGGCUAUUGUAAGCAGACGCUGCUGUGAAGAGGUGAUGGCCAUUGCUCCAACACAUUACGUAUGGCAGCGAGAACGUUCUGUGCACCACAGCGGAGCUGUGAGAAACUAUAAAGAUGAUGAAGUGCAGCUGCCCCGAGAACCUAGUGCUACUCCCACAGACUGCUUGCUUUGUGGUAAGAAAGGAAGAUUUGUACGACUAGGAUUGUCAUCAUCUUCCUCCUCAUCUACUGGCACUUUGGAGAUGGUGGAAUUACAUUCAUCCCAGAAUAUGAAAGACACCUUUCCAACAGAAAAAAUGCUCAUUGACUCUCCUUCUUAUUAUGCUCAAGACUGUCAGAGCCUGUCCAGCAAGAGGAGACCAGGUAGCACCUUGAACCAAGACAAAUCCAUGGCUUGGUUUACAAGCAAUGAAGAAUGAAAUACACCUGAUGAGACAGAAAUGGAUACUGUGCUCUGUGGAACAAUCUGUGUUGCAUCACACCACC